UUAAAUAAUAGUUAUUUGAAGGGAAAUGGAAGCCAAAGUUGAGAGAAAGACGAAGAGGAUAUAUUACAGUCUGUUAUCGAAGGGCAAGAGGUUGUCAAAUGAAAGAUCUCCAAAAACCGAUCAUUCUAGUAGACUUAGCUAUGAUAUGGAUCAGAGUAACAGAAGGAUCUCAGCUAUUGACAACUCAGUUAAGUUGAUAAAGGAGAAAGCAAAGGAAAUAUUUGAUUUAUGCCCAAAGAAUGUGCUAAAUGAGAAAUCACUGCAAUAUCUCGUCGAAUUGGUAGGAGCAAACUUCUCAACUCGGCUUUUAAUGGAAGUGCUAAUGGUAAAAUGGAGUAAUAAAGACACCACUGUUUCAGGAAAUAUAAACAAUAGCUAUUCCAAAGACUUACAACCUAAAGAAGAGGUUAAGGAAUCGCCAAGGAUUGACAAGGAGAGUAGUUCUAACUCAGAUGAUUACAAAGAUACAAUCCUUUGGAGCAUCUUCGAAUUAAUGAACUUUGCUAAAACUAAAAGACUCAGAAAGUUUGCGGCCUACUUUUUGUGACAUUUCAGCUUCAACAAUAGUAUUAUUCAGAGUAAACUCUGAACUUGCUUUGGCUUUAGCCCGUUGUCAGGUGUUGUAAUUCUUAAUAAUUUCCCUAAGAAUCUGAACGAGUUUGGUGAUCACGUCAAGGGCAAUAAAAACCCAAAAAUUAUGAUCGUAAACUUAAUAAAGGUCCUGAAAAAUAACUGUGGGAAGCAGUAUUCACAAUACCUAGAGGUUAAAAGAAAGAAAAAGAAGUUAUCAUUCUUUUGAUACCCAGAAUUUAAAUCAAAUCUUGCGUCAUUGAAUGAUUUCCCAGAUCCCUUAGAACACCUGAUUGGCUUCUUCGUACCUCAGAAAAUAAAAUGAGAGAAGGAAGUCCCCCUGAUUGACUCUGUUUCUUCAAAGAAAAAUUAUUCGAGUUUUGAUCAAACUUAUGAGAAAGUAGAGAGCCAAAAGAAUAGCUCUAAGACUAAAAAUUCAAAGAAUAAAGCUAAAUCUUAUGCAUCAAAGAGGCUGAAAGAGGAAGUAAAGAGUCAGAGUAGUAAAACUGCGAGGAACACUACUUAUAAGCUAAAAUCUCAAAAUCAGAGGAUCAGUCCCUCAACUCACUCUAGCAAAGAAUCAAAACCUCUCGAACCUAAAAAGCAAACAAUCCCUCCCUCAAGACCCAAGAACCAAAAAACCAAACUUCCCUCUACAAAAGCUUCCAAAACCCGCCCUUCCGUGACUAGUCGUCUCCCCAAAGAUAUUCAGUCUCGUCAGAACCCUCGUAACCCCAAGCACUCAAAAUCCCUCUUAAAGCCUUCCCACAAAAAGGCUGCUAUUAACAUUCAGACUUCAGGAAGAGCUGCUCAGAGAGGCCUUGAAGCUUCCAGCUUCAAGGCCUCUGAGUAUUACUACCAGAUCACGAAUAAUAUUAAUCUUAGUGUGGACUUUAACAAAUAUAUGACGCAGACAACUUUUAGUGAUAGGAACCACUCUGCUGGGUCUGACUUCUCCAAGCCAUCCGAAGUAGACAUCGUCAGGAGGAUACAUCAGAAGAAACAGAAGUUACAGACUAAGAGGGAUCUCGAUACUGCUAAGAAAGCAGCCUCUCGGCAUAUCUCUAUUGUGCUAAAUCAUGGAAAGCCUGACCUUAAGCAGGAGUUUGACAUACAGGUCUGUAAUAAACAAGAUAAGCAAAAAACAAAAAAGAAAAAGAAGUCAAUGUCACCCAGAGGUCUAAAGGACUCAAUAGCGAAACAUAAUGAAAAGAAAGUCAUCCAUUCGGAUAAGAAAAAAUAUAAGAAACCCUCUCCUGUAUCAAAUUACUCACCAAAGGGGAAGAAUAAGGCUGAAAGAAAUCAGGUAGCAAGAAGGAAGAAGAAGAACUUAAGUUCAGACAUUUCUAAGUACAACACGAUUCAGGGAGGUUCAUUGAUUGAUACUAAUGAGACUUGAGAGCCUCUUCACCAUAAUCCUCCUCAGACUCUACUUUCUAAGCCUCGGAUGCAGACUAAUUCCUUACAACUAUCAUUGGCUAAGAUCGAUAGGAAUGCUGCUAAAUUUGAUGCCACCAGUAACAACUACAAAACUGUAAAGAAUCCUAAAAGAUUCUCAAAGAUCCAUAAAUAUCAGAAGGCACUAAGAAAUAGCAACCUGAAAGGACUAAGCUCUAAGAGGUUUCAGGUAACCAAGGGAGCUAAAAUGUCAAAGUUUCUUAACAAAUCAGACUGAAUGGAGGCAGCACUCGAAUCAAUGACUGAGCAGCCAUCAUUGAUCCCACAGAACUUAAUUCCAUUGACGAUGAAGAAGAAAAUGCCUUCUAAUCUUAGAGGACAGCUCUAAAUACAGUUAUUGUCAAGGUUCAUAUUCAA